AUGUCCAGUACUAUUCACGAUGCGGUUGGGCGUAUGAAGGUCUCACUCCGAAACAAUAGAGACCUGCCACCUGUUCGGUUAUCGAAUGUUGCCAAAGAAUUUGUCGACAACAGAGUAGAAAUUAACGGUUGUAGAGCAAUCGACUUACCAGUCGCAGAUGGCAGUUCCCCGAUCGACAAAGCCAGGAAGGAACUCCCUGUCGACGAGGCUGACAUUGUUGACCCCCACGAAGAUAUCCACUGCAAACAUUUUGCAGAAGUCCUGCAGUCAUUUGAAAAUGCGCUGCCGGACAAAUAUAAGACGCGAUUUAAGUUGCAAGACAAACAUAGCUGGUCAGAAGUCAUCGAGGAGGCCAGUAUCGCUGAGAUGAAGUACAAAAAGAAAAGCAGCGAAUCUCCGUUCGGCAAGGUCCGCGGGUUUUUUAGGUCACUGCAAAAGAGGUCAGCUAUUAUAGAGAACUGGCUCGAUCUGCUACCCACUCAAAGUCAAUAUGGGAGUCUGAUAUGCGGCGGUAUCAAAAUGAUUUUGCGCGCGGCCACGAGGAUGGACGAAGUCAAAGAGUUCAUUUUCAAGGCACUGGCAACUAUCCCUGACGAGGUGGAGAAGGCGCAGUUGAUGAUUGACUACAACCAGGACCUGCAGGCCUUCUCGCGCCUGUACAAUCGAGUCUCGUCUCUCUACUCAACUAUUUUUGGAAUCCUUGAACACAUCAUUACUUGGUACGGACAGAAAUGUGCACCCCGGUAUUUUAAAGCUAUAAUUCAACAGAGCAGUUACGAAAAGGUGUUGGAAGACAAGAUUAAAGAAUUCAAGGAAGUAGUAUCUUCUGUGAUGAGUGAAGCUCUUCUGUGUGGUAUGAACCGUUUCCAGGUUAUGGAUGCACGUCUUCAGGAGAUUCUUGACUGCGUUUAUGGUGUGGUGCUCAGCAACCCAAGGAUAAAUCCCCAGACCGGUCAAAUGCUGCAACCACAGCCUAUUCCAAAACAAGUACAAAGGGGAAAGGCUAUAUCAAGACAGUCUCUGUGCGAAUCUAUCUUAAGAUACGAUGGGGAUAUUCCUCUGACGGAUCUGACUGUUGUCAUGCAUCGAGGAACUGAACUCAGCCUGGAAGAACAAGAUCGAAUCGUAUAUGUCAUUAACAGCGAAAGUCUGAGAAAUUGGCUUUUAGAGCCAACAAAGGCCACGCUUCUUAUCAGUGGCCAUUCCGAGGAUUUUGGGAGUGGCAUUUCAUCAAUGUCUUUCUUGGCCGCCCACGUUGUCCAAUCCACCCGACAAGCACAGAAAAACCGGCCGAUUUGCCUACACUGGUUCACCCAUCAGCACCGCGAUACUCGUAAAGAUGCAGACGCCAAUGUCCAUGGUAUAAUUAGACAUCUUAUCGGCCAACUUCUGCAUGCCCGUACUGGGUUCGAUCUCUAUUUUAUCAAACGCAGUACCGCAAUUUUGAUGCGUGAAAAUGACCUCAAAGUCCUCUGUGACGUGUUCGACCAGCUCAUCUUCCAGCUUCCACAGAAGACAGUCACAUUUUGCGUUCUAGACUGGCUAGCUUGUUUGGAAUACCACGAGAGGACGGAAGUACAGUACUUGCUCAAAAGACUUCGAGCAAUUGCAAGACACACGAGUGGCGAAGGGAGCCUGUUUAAAUUGUUGCUGACGCAUCCCGGAGGAGCCUUUCGUGCUGCGGCUAUUUUUAGUCCAGAAGAGGCUCUGGACGUACCUGAAGCUGGUGAUGGGAAUCGUAUGGGUUUCAAUAGUUUGAUGUGGAAUGCAAAAGUUGGUGGUAAUAUCAAUCAACUAAGCCUCAAGUCAACGCAGUGAAGAAAAGCUACUAUGUUCACGGGCGGUCUAUGACUCGGAUAACAAAGAGCAGCUUUCGAAUGGUGUAACAGACUGGUAUUCUCUAUACUCAUUUGGGGCAGUAAUUGGUUAUAUCAGCUAGGCGACGACCAGAGAACAGAGCCAUUAGGUUUAUGAGCUACAGAUGCAUGGGUUAUUCAAAAAGGACUAAUAUGUUAGAGCAAGAAAGAGAAUAAAACGGCGACAUAUUCUCAAGAUUAAAGAAAGGAUCCC